UCCGGCAUCUAUAUAUUCGACUUUAUCUCUCUUUAUUCUCUUCCCUCUUAAAAGACUAAAACUCAACUACCUUUCUCUCUCUAUCUCUAACUCUUAAGUCUUAUUCUUAACUCCCCCCAAAAUUAUGGCAGACCCACAUGAACCACUACUCACCACCACCACCACCACCGCCACCACAACCACCGAAGUAGCCGAAGAAGACGCUGAUUUCGACCCAUCCGAAAAAGUCCACGUUAUAGGAAUCAACGAAAACGACGCCGCAUUUGACGACUCAAAAACGCCGUCGUUUUCAUGGAAGAAACUCUGGUUAUUCACAGGACCAGGGUUUCUAAUGAGCAUAGCAUUUUUAGACCCAGGUAACUUAGAAGGUGAUUUACAAGCCGGUGCUAUAGCGGGUUACUCUCUUUUAUGGCUUCUCUUUUGGGCCACUGCUAUGGGCCUUCUGAUCCAACUCCUUUCGGCCCGUCUUGGUGUUGUUACGGGCCGACACUUGGCUGAACUUUGUCGCGAUGAAUACCCUAAUUGGGCCAGGUAUCUUUUAUGGAUCAUGGCAGAAGUCGCCUUAAUUGGGUCAGAUAUUCAAGAAGUUAUUGGUAGUGCUAUUGCUCUUAAGAUUUUAAGCCAUGGGUUUUUACCCCUUUGGUGUGGUGUUCUCAUUACUGCCUCUGACUGUUUCCUGUUUUUAUUUCUUGAAAACUAUGGUGUGAGAAAACUUGAAGCUGUUUUCGCUUUCCUUAUCGGGACAAUGGCUAUCUCGUUUGCUUGGAUGUUUGGUGAUACAAAGCCUGAUGGUUCGGAUCUUCUCGUUGGUAUUGUGGUUCCAAAACUAAGCUCAAAAACUAUACAGCAAGCUGUAGGUGUUGUAGGCUGCAUAAUCAUGCCUCACAAUGUGUUUUUGCAUUCUGCCUUGGUACAAUCAAGAGAUUUUGAUCACAGCAAAAGGGGGCGGGUUCAAGAGGCUCUCAAUUACAAUUCAAUUGAGUCAACUUUUGCCUUAGUUAUCUCAUUCAUCAUUAACCUAUUUGUCACGGCUGUUUUUGCUAAGUCAUUCUAUGGCACGCCAGAGGCAGAGUCUAUAGGUCUCUCAAAUGCUGGCUAUUAUCUACAGAAUAAGUAUGGGGGAGGGAUGUUCCCCAUACUAUAUAUAUGGGCUAUUGGUUUGUUGGCAGCUGGCCAAAGCAGCACCUUAACUGGUACUUAUGCCGGACAGUUCAUUAUGGGCGGUUUUUUAAAUCUUCGGCUAAAGAAAUGGAUAAGGGCAUUGAUCACCCGAAGUUGUGCAAUUAUCCCAACUAUCAUUGUUGCUCUUAUCUUUGAUAGGUCCGAUGAUAUGCUCGAUGUCCUAAAUGAAUGGCUAAAUGUGCUGCAGUCUAUCCAGAUACCUUUUGCCGUCAUUCCACUACUUUACUUGGUUUCCAAGGAAGAGCUCAUGGGUGUUUUCAAAAUUGGCCCUGUUCUCAAGACACUGGCUUGGCUUGUAGCAGCUCUGGUGAUUGUGAUCAAUGGAUAUCUAAUAGUCGAUUUUUUAUCCGAGGAGGCAACAGGGUGGUUGUUUGGCUCUGUUAUAUGUGCUGUCACUGUGGCAUAUAUAGCAUUUAUCAUAUAUCUGAUUUGGAGGGGUCUCACCUUCUCAUCCUGGUUUCGCUCCAGUAAGUCCAAGAGUGUUGCAACCAUAGUAAACUAACUACAUUGCCCAGCUCUAACGUUCUUCUUUAAGAUUUAACUGCAUUCCGCUGCUCUUAACUCGUGUUUCAUACCUGUGUCCGGAUCGAGUUUGGCUAAAUUUUCUUCCUAGAUUUGCACCUUAAUUAUUAUUCGAGGGCCAGUUUUGUACAAAUUUAAGGAAGUGGCCUGCUGUAUUUUUCUGUGCCAUAUAUAUUAGAACAAAUUGUAUCACCUGACAGUGGUUGAUGUGCUCCCUUAUUAGUUGAACAUUGAUUGGGAGCUUAUUUAGUGGGUCUUCUGUUUUUCAGCAAAUUUGUAAUACAAGUAGUGUUUGAGUAAGAUGAAGUAUAGAAUGAAAUAAUGUACUGCAAGGCUUGCAGCAAGUGCAUAACCAUCUUGCCAACCAGUAGAGAACACUGUAUAUUUGUGAAAGUUGUUUAUCAAAUAUGCACAUGCUUAGCUUUAAUUUUACA